GCAGGCGCGACGCCAAUUCACAGGCGCGUCGGAAGCUUCCUUCCUCAGCAACACGCACUUUCCUCUCAACCAGCUUCGUGCUUUCUUCCUCUGCAGUCCACCACCGCCACUUGCACUUUCCAAACGGCAAAAUGGCAUCGACAACACUAGGAAAGAGGACGCGAAGCUCCAGAGAAGCGGAGCCCAAGCUGAGUCUCGACUUCGACUUCUCGGCCAAGCGCGCCAGGCGGACACCAAAAAAGGCCAGCGAGAAGCAGCUCCCCGUCCCCAGUGACGUUGAGAACGUUGAGAACGAGGAAAAUGAAUUACCCGAAUCGGAACCCGGGAGGGAGGUUGAAUCUUCUUCGAAACCCCAGUCUCGGCGGACGUCUGUCGCCAACACUGUUAAGAGCUAUAAUGUCGCACCCGUCACACCGUCAACGCCUCGCCACUACGAUGUCUUCGCUCGGAGCACAACAACCCCGCGUCAUCGGGUCAUGUCUGUCGGUAGGCUGUCGAAGCGGAUGACCCCUCAGUCGCCCCUCACGCCCGCCAUCCUGCAGACAGUCUACCAUCAGGCGCGGCAGCUCUUCUCUCGCAGCGCAGAUCCCGGACAGCUGAUUGGACGCGACGAGGAGCGCGCCAAACUCCAGCAGUUCCUCGCGCGUUGCACGACGCCGCAUCCGAGCGGAUGUCUCUAUGUCAGUGGCCCUCCCGGCACAGGCAAGAGCGCCAUGGUGGACAAGAUUACCGAGGAGACCGCUUCCGGCUCGGAUUCCAUCAGAAAGGCGUACGUCAAUUGUAUGAGCAUCAAGUCGUCCAAGGACCUGUACAUCACGCUUUUGGAACAACUUGGCGGCGAAUCGGACAUGUUGGAGGGCGACCUGGUGGAGGCGCUGCAGAAGCUCUUGCUCUGCAAGAAGACAACCAAUGUAUUCCUGGUUGUGCUGGACGAGAUCGACCAUAUCUUGACCAUGGACCCGGAGAGUCUAUACCGCGUUUUCGAGUGGUCCCUGCAAAGGACGUCGAGGCUCACAUUGGUGGGCAUCGCCAAUGCGCUGGAUCUUACCGACCGGUUUCUCCCGCGGCUCAAGUCACGGAACCUGAAGCCGGAGCUGCUCCCGUUCCUCCCGUACACCGCACCUCAGGUUAAGAGGAUCAUCACAGAACGCCUCAAGAGCCUGGCUCCCAAGGGCGCCGCUGCCGACUUCGUCCCGUUCUUCCACCCCGCCGCCAUCGAGCUGUGCGCCCGCAAAGUCUCCAGCCAGUCGGGCGAUCUGCGCCGAGCGUUCGAGAUCUGCCGGCGCGCCCUUGACCUGGUGGAAAACGAAACGCGUCUCCAGCACGAAAACGAAGCCAGGGAGCAGCUCCUGCUCGCGACGCCGUCGCGCAAAGUCCUCGGCGAGAAGCGCAACCUCGCCUCCUCUCCAGGACGUCCGGCCGGAGCGCAAUCCAUAUCCGCCGAGCUCCGCAGAUCCCUCCAGACCCUCACGGUUGAAACCGCCCCGCGCGUCACCAUCGCGCACCUGAACAAAGUCACCGCGGCCGCCUUCAGCAAUGGUGCCGCCCAGCGCCUUAAGACCCUCAACCUCCAGCAAAAAGCCGCCCUGUGCUCUCUGCUCGCCAUCGAGAAGCGCAACCGUGCAGCCGCCCAGGCCCAGGCGCAAACCACUACCACCUCAUCCGCUUCCACCCCAACAACCCCAUCUUCCUCCUCCAAGCCCCGCGGCGGCGGCGGCGGCGUGUCCGCCCCGACAAUCAAAACCCUCUACGAGUCCUACUGCACGCUCUGCACGGAUGACUCGCUGUUGCACCCGCUCUCGAGCUCCGAGUUCCGCGAGGUCAUCAGCAGCCUGGAGACGCUCUCGCUCAUCACGCCCGUCGACGGCAGGAUGGGCGCGCUGCAGGGAGGGAUGGUGGCGCCCACCGCCGCGGCCGCGGCCACGACUCCCACCAGCGGCAGGCGCGGGAGACGGAGGAAGGAUGGGUUUGCUUGGGGACUGGGCGCCGGCGGGAAUGGAGGGGGCGCGCUGAUGGCGGACGAGAGGAGAGUGGCCAGCUGUGUGGGCGAGCGCGAGGUGGAGAUGGCGGUUGUCGAGGGGAUGGGCGCGGGGAUUCUGAGUGGGAUCUUGAGUGGCAAGGCGCUGGACUGAGUUCUGGGCCCCUAAGAAGGGCGGUAGGGAGGAUAUUGUUCAUGGUUUGCUUUGGCGGGUUUGUUCGGCGGGUUUGUUUGCCGAGUCAAGGGCGUCAUGCAAAGAAAGGAGCUCGUUGUGUGUUCGUUUACGCAUGGCAUGGCGUGGCAGGGCAUGGCAGGGAAUAGCACGGCAUAGCCAGGUGCGGCGCUGCGAGGAGUUGUAUAUGGCUUUUUGUUUGGUUUGCAGAUGGGCGUUUGGAGUUGGUCUGGCUUGGCUUGUGGUUACCUAGACACGGGGUCUUGUAUCAGCUUAGUUAGACCUCCCUGCUGA